CGCGCCACCAUUCGCCGGCCGUACUUUGCCGCGAGAGCGUGUACUAGCCGCGACCAGCGAACAACAAACAUUCCUCGCGUGCAGUGAAACUUUAUUGAAAAAAUACUUUAUUGCAAAAACAAAUGGGCAUCGAUAGUGAAACGUAAACUUGUGAUAAUGCACAGUGUUCUGUGAAUUUGACUUCGGCCGGAUUUAGUUGAGAUAGUUAACAUUCCGAGUUCCGCCCGCUCGGCGAAAGGACAACAGAAGAGUGACAGUUGUGUUGUGCGAGUUUUUCUCGAGGGAGUUUCUGUGUUUUUCGCGUCGGAGGCCGUAGUGCGACACCGGCCCCGACAUGGAGGGCUACUUCGACAUCUCCAACGAUCUGAAUGACGUCUGGGAGGCGGACAUCGACCCGGUAAGUGCUGGAGAUGCAAGAUGUUUUGGACGAGGACACAGAGAUGACGGACUGGCUUAUCGAAAGGGACGCGAAGGCGGGCGUGGUACUCCGGGACAGACUCAUGACAGACGCGGCGAUCGGUGCAGCCCCCAUCAAAACAGAACACUCGUACAGCCUACAUUCAGACGUCGAAUCAUCACCACCGUCACCACACCAUACCAAAGUUGACGAUAUGGAAGACGAAUGUUACCCAGCAAUGCCAGCUAGCGCGUGGAGCAGCCGGCGAAGGUCUAGCGAUUCUCCCCCUCGGGAAGUGAAAGCGGAACCCAAGUCAGAACCAGAGUCGCCAGCGUCCUCGUGCCCGCCGUCACCCACCCCUGGUACUCCGCUCACACACGUCGACUACGUCAUUGACCACACGACAGGAACAAUCCACAUGCCACAAGCGGUGCUGCAGAAGGUUGGGGCGGCGGGCGUGCCGCAGCUGCUGCUUAGCACGGCGCCGCGGCUCGCUACCUCGCUCAACUCCAACAAACUCUCCAUCAAGGUCACGUCCAGCUCAGGGGCUUCAGGUUUCAACUUACCACCGACGCCACCAUCAUCGCUGUCGUCAUCAGAUAGCGAAGGCGCCCUGUCGCCUGCACACGAGGCGUCCGCCGCGCCUCCCGCACCUCCAGCGGCCCCCUCGCGACGCAGCCAUCUCUACGUCUCCCACCACUCACGACAACCCAUUAAUACGCCGCUUAUUAGCAGUCAACCGAAAGGAUCAACCGGUACAUUGGUACUGACAGAGGAAGAGAAACGCACAUUACUGGCCGAAGGUUAUCCAGUUCCUACCCGUCUGCCUCUGACCAAGGCUGAGGAGAAAUCUCUCAAGAAGAUUAGGAGGAAAAUAAAGAAUAAGAUAUCAGCACAAGAGAGCAGACGCAAAAAGAAAGAAUAUAUGGACCAAUUAGAAAGGAAGGUUGAGGUUUUGAUAUCGGAGAACAACGACUACAGGAAGAGGGUGGAGACGCUGGAGCAGAAGAACGCGAGUCUGCUGAGCCAGGUGGCGUCGCUGCAAGCGCUGGUGGCACGCGGUGGCCGCAAGUGACGCCGCGGCGCGCACCUCGCUCGCGCCCGCGCCGCCCGCCCCGCCCGCCCCGCCGCACGUCCGCACUCACACCAGUGCGCGGCUAACACUGCUGUCUCGCAAUGUUACAAAUAAUCGAUAAUGAAAUCUACUUGGUUGCGAUAUCGCAUCUGCAAACGAUUGUAAUUUAAAAUUGAAUGCAAUUGAUCUAUUGCGAUAUGCGAACGGACAAUCGGUGUGUUUUAAAUGGUGAAUUGUAAUUUACGAUGAAUAAAUUCUAAUAAUAUCAGAUGAAUGAAUUCAAAUUACAAGUUGCAUCGAUAUUUCAUUGUGGACGGGCUCGUUGUUUAUUUGAACGCUGAGUGCUUUUUAAUCAACACCUCGCGGAUGCUGUCGAGGUACACAGUACUUGAUCAGAUAUCGAUGACGCCGCGGGACAGAGAUGUCACGGAUCGAUAACAUUUGUCGAUAACGCUGUCCUUUUCUGAAUGUAUAUUUUAUCGAUGUAUAUUUUGGAUGUAUUUACAUAUGUAUAUGUCACGCGUUAGAGCGUGACGGGAGAUGCGUCAGCGUGGAAUGGUUGCUCACUAUAUACGUUAGUAAAUAGGUGUAUUCAGUGGUGCUGAAUUGGUUAUACCUGCGUUACGGUAAUAGGUAUACAAACUGUCAAGUGCCACACUAGAUAUUUAUUUUUACAACUCUACAACAGAAGCGUACGAGCGAUGACUCGAUGACAGGGAAUAUUACUGGGCCCUAGAUAAGUGUCGAUAGUUUACACGUGUUGUUUGAAAUCUCGUAAUAUAUUUUUAAUAGCUAUAUAUGUAUUUAAGUUUUAUUUUAUGCGUGUUUUCAUUAAAUUUUACAAUUAGGUUAAGGAUUAUAAUUGUUACCCAAAGCAUACAUUUGACAUGUAUGCCGCCGACAGCAGACGCGUCCACCGCGCGUCUGCGCGACGUGUCCGCGUCCGGCCUAAUGUCACAUCGACGUUACUGAACAAGCAUGUCUAUCGGCUACUUAAGUAGUGUAGUGUGUACACCGCGGUGCAAGGUGUAACUCCGGACUCCCACUACUGCGUAUGGAACUAUGUGCUACAACUUGGCGUAUCGUGCUGCGGUGUUAUCUGGAAUCUAAGUAGCAUAAUAUUGUAAGGCGGACACUAAUGUGCGCCUUAUCGAUUUAUAUUGAAUUCCGUGAAUUUGCAUUUAUAGAGACAUAUGUAUCGUCUUAGACAUUAUGUCUUUGUAUUUAAAAUAAAGUUAGAUUUACGUUAUCUGAUAGAGGACCCUGUGUAUUGACCGAUUCGCGCGACAAUUGAUUUCGGUUAUGUCUAGUCUCUCGUGAAGCCGUGGCGAGGUCUCGUUGUUGAGAUCUUCUAUGAGUAGCUAUAUUCAGUGUCGGAUCAUGCGCUCUGUGGAUCGACAAGUACAAAAUAAUUGCAUGCCUUGAAAGAAUGUUACUAACACAAUAACUUAGAAACUGUGCGAGCGAACUAAACCCCAUUUAGCUAGCAAUGUUUAAUGUUGAUGGUGAUCGCACCAGUGUCUCGGUACGUAACCGGUAACAGUUCCAAACAGAAUCUCCAACGGUCAACCCCUACGUGUAUAACCGCUCUUGCCAACACUUAGUUCUGCUCUCGCGACGGAGCGUGCCUCAGGCCACGUUCGCGAAUCGACAACUGUCUAACAUUCUUUUGAUAAACAAUACAUUCUUUAUAGAUAUAUGAGUGACUUAAAGUGAGCUCGAGUACUUAUCUAUUUUAAUCAUAUUGAUAUAAUUAUGUGCAAACUAACGGCUGUAUACAAAUUGUAAUCAGUUUCAAUAGUAAAAUAUACACAUAUGUGCUGUUAUAAAUUUUUGCUAGCAUAAUUUAUAAAUAUAACUAAGUCGAAAUGUUUGUUACUGUUUAAAUUUAUAAUAUAUAUACAUACAUAUUAUAUAGAUUAUGAAUUCCACUUUCUAAACGCCUAUACGCAUAUAUCAUAUUGUUUCUUAAAAAACUUUACUGUGUGUGCAAUUAAUAUAAUUCUCUUUAUACGUUGUGGGGAUUUCGGGUACGUAUUAUUAUGUUCUGAAUGCUCUUUGUAAUCCUCCACUUGACUCUCAAAAGAUUGCAAAUAAAAGGUCAGAGGUGGUUAAUUCUUCAGUCUAUAUUGGUCACAAAUAUAAAAUCACUUAACUCUCUCACGUGAACGGCACGGUCUACGGUUAUGUGGGCUAACGUGACGCGUGAUGGGGAAAGACUAACGAACGCUGGCGAGCGUGCUCCCGCGCAGCUACAAGAUGUAAAAUCAGAAAAACACAAAUUCUAUAAAAUACAUACAGUGUCCCUACAACAUUUUUUAAAUGUUCUUCCUAUUUAGAUAUAUAAGGAAAAUGAAAAUGUUAUAUUUAUAUAGCACUGAAACAAUUAAUAUAUAACAUGUUCCAGGUCCAUAUGCGACCAUUUGAUAAGAAUUGAGAUAUAUUUUAAGAGAUUUUUUCAAAUGAAAUUUUAGGUCUAUAUAAAGAUACACUGUUUUACGUGUGUUUAUCGCUAGACAAGUUAGUUUUAUUUAGCGUUAGAAUAUCGAUACAGCAUCGCCUGCCUGUCCAACUACAGUCUACAAUUAACUGAUUCUACCAAUAUGUGUAAGUUACGAUCGUAGAUUAGACGUAUUAAGCUAUCUAAAGAGUAUCCUUUACUGUAUAGAGACUAUUAUAUAUUAAAGUAUUUAAAAAGAAAAGAUAUAUUCAAUUCCUAAUAUGGCAUUUACCGUCUACAAAAAGAGUGAUUUAUCUGAAAUCGAUUUAUAUAUAUAUGACUUAAUGUAGUUGAUAUAUUAAAUUAUGAAUACCAUCGCUCAAGUUCUGACCGCGAUAUAUGCAAGUUUUAUAUUUUCGCUAUAAAAUAUUUUAUCUUUUUGUUUUUUAUUUCUUAACUUCACUAUAAGUUACCUGUGUAACGCAAAUUGAAUUCUUUGCGCGAUAUUUGUAUAUUUACUAGCGUGAAUUUUCCAUGUGUUUUAAUAAAUCGACGCUCAAUUAUUUAAGGUAUCAUUUCGAAUACGAACACAAAGUAAGGCGACAGAAACAAAACUAAAUCGAAUUGAUCACCAUGCAUCGUAUUAUAAAUAUAAAAGAUACUAUGUAGGGUAAAGAAGCAUCGUCAUCGACGAUAGCAAUAAUUUUACACCUGUAUUUACUGCCGCUGUAUUCGAAAUGUUACCUUGAGACGAUAUUGUCAGAGCGAUAUUAGGAUUUGAGCGAGGGUAGAGGUGUGCCGGCGCGUGUAGCGCAAUGCGCCUGCGCACCGGGCUUGUUACGGCGCGACCACUCGUCUCGUCAUGUAAAUCAAAUGCCAAACAUACUUAUACGCGUUUGUAUGCACCGCACACAUUUUGGGUGACAAUAAUUGAACCCAUUCGGGACUAAGGUAAAUAAAUAUAUUUAAUUAACGAAAUAUACUUGCGCCUUAAUCUCGAAUGGAUCGUACUCGUUGGCGGGGCGACACAACCCCGCCACAGUAUCCUUUUGUUAUUCAUUUUAAAGUGUAAUUUUAUUGAUAUAGUUUUAAUUUUGUUAAAACUAUUUUCUGUUACCUUGAGUCAUGAAUUGUUGAAUCGUUUGUUUUAUUAUUAUUUUCAAAUGACAUUGCGGAUUUUACUGUCACCCUUGAGCUAAUAAAGCGUCAAAUAUUGUA